AUGAUGUUCACUAUGGAUAGUUCGUUCAAUUUACCGUGUUAUGGGACGGAAGCUUCUGCAUCAUAUCCUUACUUCACAAUCAGUUCAACAGCCCUUUGUGCUUCUGGUUCCACUUUUUCUAAAGGCUGCAACUUCAACGAUUCAUCCUUACAUUAUUGUUAUCGCGAAGAGUUUUUGCCCUUCAUAGUCGCCAGAAAUCGCUCAAACAUGUGGGCCUGUCGUCUGCUACAACUCUGCGACAAUUUCGACCGGGAGUUCUGUCAGCCGUCCUCCUACCCUUCGUCUCUGGCGCACCUCAUCUGGCGCUUCUUCAUCUGA